GAUGCACAAAGAUCGGGUUUAGGUUUUUAGUUCAUCUCAAAACCAAAAACAAUCACUCACUUGGAAACAAAACAAGAUUGAUUAUGUAAACCCAAAAUUCUCUCCCUGUUAUUUCUUUAUUUAAUCUUUACAAAAACUAUUACUUUUUUGCUCUGAAUCUGUCGUGGGGUUCCUCUUAAUCGAGUCGAAAUUCCUUUUCUCUGGUCCAACAGAAUUUUAGGGUUGUGUUUUUUCCCGCACACACUAACUAAUAUAUUGAAAAAAAAGCGCACUCAUAGCUUCAGAGGUACGUCUUUCCCUCUUUCCCAAUCUGUAGUUUGGAUUUUGCUGUAAGUUUAUUGAUUGAUUCAUAGGUUAUUGUUUCAUAGUUCGUUUUCUUUUUACCUUCUUUGAAUUAUGGUGGAUCUCGAUUUCAUUUCUUUGAAUUUCCUAUUGAGUCGUCUCGUUUACGAUGAAAACCACAAUUUUGAUCUGGUGUUAUUAAUCUGACUGAAUUGCGUUCCGUAAAUCGGAUCAUUCGUUGAUCUCGAGGAGAGGAUAGGGUUUGAUUGUGUUUACAAACGAUUGGUGAAUUUUGUCCUAGUGGGUGUUUGUUGGUGAAUUGAGGUGGGUAGGGUUAGUGAGAAGAUGACUGAUGUUCGACCACAACUGCUACAGAAGCCUGAAAGCACCACCGAUGCCUGUUCAGAUUUUGAGAACGACGGUUCUGAUUUCGAGAGGGGAUUGGAAGAACUGAUGAGAGGGCAUUUGGAUGAUUGUAUGUCAUUCGCAUCAUGCAGCUCUCCUCAUGGGGACGAUGAUGAAAGCGAAGGUGGUGAUCAGCUAGUGAGAAGAAGAAGAAGGUCAGAUCUUGAAGGCGAUGAUCUGGCUGAAACUUCUGCUGCUAGAAGACGACAAUCACGGAUCUUAAGCAGAUGGGCUGCAAGACAAGCACAAGAGAUGAUCACCACAAUAGAAAGGAGAAACCGUGAGUCUGAAUUAAUGGCACUUGCAGGUUUGCAUACAGUUUCCAUGCUUGAUUCCUCCUUCUUAAGCGAGUCUCAAUCCCCUACCUCAAGGAGACAAGGCAACAUUGAAAGACCAAGCACCCAAGCUUCCUCUAUCCUCCAAAUGUGGAGAGAAUUGGAAGAUGAACAUGUUCUAAAUCGUGCUCGUGAAAGAGUAAGAGAAAGACUCAGACAACAUGCAAGUGUGGAUUCCAAUACCAUUACCAACAUGUCAGAAGGUCAAGAAGCAAGUGAACAUCAAGGCAGUUUGGAAGAAGAUGUUACAGAAAGUGAGAAUGAUUACAGAGCUUGGUCUAAUGAUCAAAUGGAAGCUCAAAACGAACUCCAAGAAACUGAAACUUCAAGCCGUGAACAGUCUCCUGAUUUAGGAGACAACGAAAGAGAGAGAGAAAGAGAAAGAGUUAGGCAUAUAGUUCAGGGAUGGAGGGAGACAGGUGUCACUGAUCAUAAUGCAUCUAAUGGUGUAAGAGCAGAAUGGCUUGGUGAAACUGAGCGUGAAAGGGUGAGGAUCGUGCGUGAGUGGGUCCAGAUGACUAGUCAACAGAGGGGCCCACGUCCACGUGGCAGUCAUAGGGAAGAACAACAACCACUACAACAACACGUAGCUAGUCGUGAGACUGUUGUUGACCAUGAUGAAGGUCAACCGGAGCAUAUCAGAAGGGACAUGUUGAGGUUGCGUGGAAGACAAGCUUUACUUGAUUUACUUGUGAGGGUAGAAAGGGAAAGACAGAGAGAACUUGAGGGUUUAACAGAGUAUCGUGCUGUUUCUGAUUUUGCUCAUCGCAACCGAAUUCAGUCACUACUAAGAGGGAGAUUUUUGAGAAACGAGAGGCCUGUGGAGGAGGAGAGGCUUCCAUCAAUGGCAGCAAGUGAGUUAGUCCAGCUCAGACAACGCCACACUGUCUCUGGUCUUAGGGAAGGGUUUCGAUCAAGACUAGAACACAUUGUUCGAGGGCAAGUAAGCAGCCAAUCUGAAAAUUCAUCUAACGAUAACACUAACAGUAACACCAUUGAUUUUAUAAGUAGUGAUGCAAUUACAAACACCACUCAACAGGAGAUUGAACACGAACAACAGACUCAAAUUCAAGAAACCAACAUUCAUCAAGUUUCAAAUCAGAAUCUGGAAAGUAUAAGUGUUGCAGCAGCUCUACUCCAAACCACAAAUCAACAAACAAACAUCAAUGAAAAUGAAGGUCAAGAUUGGGAUAACCAAGGUGUCAGUAAUGACAAUGAUCAAAUUUUUCAAGAAAACAAUUCAGGUAAUCAAGAAACGGUUUCUGAUAUUAUUCCAAGAACACGACGUACAGUUCCUGUUAGAAGAUCCAACAGAUUUCACGCACCUGAAGAUGAUAACGUGUACAGUAUGGAAUUAAGAGAACUUUUAAGCAGGAGAAGUGUUUCUAAUCUUCUUCGAAGUGGUUUUCGGGAAAGUUUAGACCAUUUGAUUCAAUCAUAUGUGGAAAGGCAAAGCAGAGCACCAAUCGAUUGGGAUCUUCACAGAAACAUGUCACCAGAAGUAGGUGAUCAACAACAACAACAGGGUGGUCUUGGUCUUAGAGAUGAAGACAAUGAAAACCAAAAUGAAGCCACCACCGCCACCAUUGGUAGCAGACCAUCACCAUCACCGCCAGUACCACCGCCAGUACCGGUUUGGCACCACCAUGAUUUGAAUCAUUCUAAUUGGUCCCGCCACAGCAUCCACCGAUCUGAACUCGAAUGGGAGAUGAUUAAUGAUUUGAGAGCUGACAUGGCGAGAUUGCAACAAGGUAUGAGUCACAUGCAGAGGAUGCUGGAGGCUUGCAUGGAUAUGCAACUUGAGUUGCAACGUUCGGUCAGGCAGGAAGUGUCUGCUGCUUUGAAUCGGUCAGCGGGCGGGCAGCAAGGUGUUGAUGGAGGGAGUUCUGAAGAUGGGUCGAAGUGGGUCCAUGUGAAAAAGGGAACUUGCUGUGUUUGUUGCGAUAGCCAAAUUGAUUCACUGUUGUACAGAUGUGGACAUAUGUGCACGUGUUCCAAGUGUGCAAAUGAGUUGGUAAGAGGAGGAGGGAAAUGUCCCUUGUGCCGGGCACCCAUUGUUGAGGUAAUCCGAGCUUACUCCAUACUCUAAAAAACAUUUAUAAAACUGACCCAAGAAGAAGAAAGAAGAAGAAGAUUUGGAUCAUCUACUCUACUUGAAUUGAAGUAGGUUUUUUCAUGUUCUUCUUCGUGUUCUCUCUCGUAUGUAAAGUGUUGAUUUUUUUUUUCUUUGUAAUUUAUUACAUGUUGGAUGCUAUGCAUUUGUAAAAAACUCAAGGACAGUUGGCGUGUUUUGAUUCGUCGGUGUCACGUAAAUAAAAUUCAACAGGAAUAUUUUUUCUGUUUUUUAGUA